GCGCUGUAGCGCUGUCUCCGCCUCGCAGCUCUUUAAACGGGCUCGGCCGGUGCACGCUGCGCUUGCUGCGCUCGGUGGUGUCCUGAGCUCAGCUCAGCAUGGCAGAUCGAGGUGAAAGCGGUAGCUCCUGACGUGCUCUCAGUGUCCUGGGAGCAGCAUCAGCAUGAUGAGCUCCAGCUUCAGCUCGUGCAGGUUCGCCGAUUAUUUCGUGGUGUGUGGACUGGACACGGACACGGGGCUGGAGCCAGACGAGCUUUCCGCUUUGUAUCGGUACAUACAGGCCGCUAAAUUGAGAGAUGGGGCCACACGAAUGUCGGCGAGUGAGAAUAAAGGGGAAAAUUUUGAACAGAGUCCACUGCGCAGAACUUUUAAAUCCAAAGUCCUGGCACACUACCCUGAGAAUGUGGAGUGGAGUCCCUUCGACCAGGAUGCUGUGGGCAUGCUUUGUAUGCCCAAGGGGCUGUCCUUUCGCACCCAGGCAGACCCCCGUGAACCACAGUUCCAUUCCUUCAUCAUCACUCGGGAGGACGGUUCCCGCAGCUACGGCUUUGCCCUCACAUUCUACGAGGAGGUGACCAGCAAGCAGAUCUGCAGUGCCAUGCAGACACUAUACCACAUGCACAAUGCUGAACAGUACGACAUCUUGCACAUGCCCUCAGCAGGACCUCCCGCCAGCCUGCAGCGCUUCAACUCCUACGACAUCACCCGCGACACGCUCUAUGUCUCAAAGUGCAUCUGCCUUCUAGCGCCCAUGGCCUUCCAGCAGGCCUGCCGGAAGGUUCUGGAGCAGCUCCAUCAGGCGAUCACCUCGUCCCAGCCGCCGCCACUGCCCCUGGAGAGCUACAUAUUCAACGUGCUCUAUGAGGUCCCGCUGCCCCCAGCCGGACGCUCCCUCAAGUUCUCGGGGGUCUACAGCCCCGUGGUGUGCCAGCGGCCGAGCACGAGCGAGCUGCCGCUCUUUGACUUCCCGCUCAGUGACGUCUUCCAGCUGCUCGGGGUGGAGAACGUGCUGCAACUAUUCACCUGUGCCCUGCUGGAAUUCCAGAUCCUUCUGUACUCCCAACAUUACCAGAGGCUGAUGACUGUGGCCGAGAGCAUCACAGCCCUGAUGUUCCCCUUCCAGUGGCAGCACGUUUAUGUGCCCAUCCUGCCAGCCUCGCUGCAGCACUUCCUGGAUGCGCCCGUGCCGUACUUGAUGGGCCUCCACUCCAACGGGCAAGAUGACCGCUCCAAGCUGGAGCUUCCGCAGGAGGCCAACCUGUGCUUUGUGGACAUUGACAACCACUUCAUAGAGCUCCCCGAGGACCUGCCGCAGUUCCCCAGCAAGCUGGAGUUUGUUCAAGAGAUCUCCGAGGCCCUGCUGGCGUUCGGCAUCCCACCGGAGGGCAGCUCGUGCUGCGGAGACGGCGUGCCCAAACUGACGGGGUUCCGCUCCUGCGAUGAGGUUUCCGACAGGCGUAACGGCAACCUGGCCGGCUCGCCAUUCAACUCAUUCCGGCUGAAAGACAACGAGACUAUCGCCCGUCUCCAGGCCCUGGUCAAAAGAACCGGCAUCAGCCUGGAGAAGUUGGGUGGGGUGGACAAUCCCACCGCUAACAGAGACCAAAAGGUGCAGUGUGAGGAGGACGAACUGCAGACCCACCUGCUCAACGUUCGCCUCCGUGAGAUCUUUGCCAACCGUUUCACGCAGAUGUUCGCUGACUACGAGGUGUUUGUCAUCCAGUCCAACCAAGACAAGGACUCCUGGUUCAGCAACCGUGACCAGAUGCAGAACUUUGACAAGGCCUCGUUCCUCUCGGACCAACCGGAGCCCUACCUGCCCUUCCUGUCCCGCUUCCUGGAGACGCAGACCUUCGCUUCCUUCAUCGACAGCAAGAUCCUGUGUCACGACGACGAGGACAAGGAGCACACGCUGCAGGUGUUUGACACCAGGGUGGACAAGGUCCGCAUGCUCAACGUGCGGACGCCCACUCUGCGCACCUCCAUGUACCAGAAGUGCACUAACAUCGAUGAGUCAGAGAAGGCCAUCGAGAUGAGGGUGUCCAAAAUCGACCACACGGCGCUGCACCCUCACCUGCUGGACAUGAAAAUCGGACAGGGCCGCUAUGAACCGGGCUUCUUUCCCCGCCUGCAGUCUGACGUGCUCUCCUCCGGGCCCACUGGCAACAAGUGGGCCAAGCGGAGCACCGCAGCACACUGGAGACUGAGGGACAAGCAGAGACAGCAUGUGGAACAGCUGUACUUGGACAAUGAACAGAAGCACAUUCAGGAAGCCAGGAGCCUGGGCGCGAGCAUCCGGCAGCCCAACCUCUCGAACCUGUCGCCUUCUGUCAUCGCUCAGACCAACUGGAAGUUUGUGGAGGGGCUGCUGAAGGAAUGCAGAAAUAAGACCAAGCGCAUGCUGGUAGAGAAGAUGGGCCGGGAAGCGGUGGAGCUGGGCCACGGGGAGGGCAGCAUCACGGGCGUGGAGGAGAACACGCUCAUCGCCAGCCUGUGCGACCUGCUGGAGCGCAUCUGGAGCCACGGCCUGCAGGUCAAGCAGGGUAAAUCUGCCUUGUGGUCACAUCUGCUGCACUAUCAAGAGAGCAAAGAGAAGGACACACCAGCAGGCCUCAGUCCUCCAGGACUCAUCCAUGACUCGGAGAGACGCAAGUCUGAUGCGGGACUCGCUCUGCCCCCCUUGAAAGUGUCCCUCAUAGAGGACAUGCGGCACAUCCAGAACAUCGGUGAGAUCAAGACGGACGUGGGCAAGGCGCGAGCCUGGGUGCGUCUCUCCAUGGAAAAGAAGCUGCUCUCCAGACAUCUGAAGCAGUUGCUGUCCGAUGAGGAGCUGACAAAGAAGCUGUACAAGCGCUACGCUUUCCUGCGCUGUGAUGACGAGAAGGAGCAGUUCCUCUACCAUCUCCUGUCCUUCAAUGCGGUGGACUACUUCUGCUUUACCAGCGUCUUCACCACUGUCUUGAUCCCAUACCAUGUAGUGGUUAUCCCCAGCAAGAAACUUGGGGGGUCCAUGUUCACAGCCAACCCGUGGAUCUGUAUUUCCGGGGAGCUCUCGGAGACUGUGGUCCUCCAGGUGCCGAAGAACUCUCUGGAGAUCACCUUUGAGUGCCAGAAUUUGGGCAAGCUGACCACGGUGCAGGUGGGCCACGACAACUCAGGACUGUAUGCCAAGUGGCUGGUGGAAUGCGUUAUGGUGAGGAAUGAGGUCACCGGACACACGUACAAGUUUCCAUGCGGACGCUGGCUCGGAAAGGGUGUCGAUGAUGGCAGCUUGGAGCGGAUCCUCGUGGGGGAGUUGGUGACGCCCACCUCUGAGAACGAAGAACGCCUGUGUCGGACGCCCCCCAUGCAGCAGUCGCCCAGUAUGAUUCGGAGGCUGGUCACCAUAUCCCCAAGCAGCAAACCAAAGCUGAACACAGGGCAGAUCCAGGAAGCAGUGGGUGAGGCCAUCAACGGGAUCGUCAAGCACUUCCACAAGCCAGAAAAAGAGAGGAGCAGCCUGUCUCUGCUGCUGUGCGGGGAGUACGGCCUGGUCUGGGCACUGGAACAGGUUUUCUUGCACGGCUUCCGGACUCCGCGCCUCUUCAAGAACGUCUUUAUCUGGGACUUCCUGGAGCGGGCACAGGCUCAUUUUGAGAGCCCAGAGCAGAGGGAGCUGGAGCAAGAUGAGAACUGGCACACAAGAGCCCAUGACUUCUGCCGCUUCAUGAGGGCUGUCAACAGCACACCACGAAACAUCGGCAAGGACGGAAAGUUCCAGAUGCUUGUGUGUCUAGGAGCUCGGGACCACCUGCUGCAUCACUGGAUCGCUCUUCUGUCCGAGUGCCCGAUCACAGUGCAGAUGUACGAGGACACAGCGAUGAUAAAGGAUCGCGUACUAGUGAACUCUCUGAUCAGAGUGCUACAGACUUUGCAGGACUUCAAUAUCACUCUGGAGGCCUCACUAACCAAAGGAAUAGGAAUUUAGACCCUCUUCGCUUCCUGGGACCUGGCAAAGUUUGGACUAUGGCUUCUUUUACAGAAGAACAUAAUUGUUUGUUCGGGGGCAAAGACUCGCACAAACUUUGGCUUAUUUUAAAGCUAUCGUUACAUUUUGCCAUAUAAUAAGUGCAAUGAGUGUUUACAGGAGUGUCAUUAUGGUUCCCCUCUAUGAUGUGCUGUCAAUACUUUUAUUCUGGAUACUACUCCAUGUGUCUAAAAUGUAUUAAUGAAAACUAAUUUUUAUUGUUGUGAACUGCUGACAAGUGCUUUAUUUAAGAAAAAAAGCAAGUGAAAUUAAUAUAUUUUCAGACAGGAAUAUUAUUAUUUAGGUAUGUCUACUGGGUUGCUUGCUCCGUCCUCAGUAUUUCAUUUAAUAGAAUGAAGAGCUCAAGGUGAUUUAUUUAGGAGUAUGCUUUAUAAGUACUGACUUGUGAGGGCUCUGACUUUUUAGUACAAAUGAGGAAAGGAAUCUUUCCAAAUACUUUCUUUAAAGUGAAAGGCAUAGACUUCAUCAUUCUUGGAAAGAUUGUGCUCUCGUCUUUCUAUACAUAUCAGACACCUCCAUUUGAAAAAAAGGCGCCUUUAUUCAUAUAGUGUAUAUGUUAACAAUGAAGCUUGAAGCACUGAUGCGCAACUGUCUUUGCUGGAUAUCUUUAUAAGCCAUUUUCAGUUCCUUCCCUGUACUUUCCAGUAAUAAGCAUGGGUUUUUACUGUGACUGCUUUUCCCUGCUGGAAGUUGCUGGUAAUCAAAGCAUUUCUGUAAAUACCUCUAAACCACAGCUGUCAAACCCAGUUUCCUGCAGACCAUGUUUUUGAAGAUUUUUGGCUCUAGCCUCCUCCUCCAAUUACUUUAAGUCCAACAUUUUGUAUAGUUUAUUAAAACAUGGUACAUUUUGUACUUUUAUUUUAAUGCCAUAUUCAGAGAGAGGUUCAUUGGUAUAAAUGGUAAAGAUAGUUUACCAUUGUGCCAUUGGGUUGAUACUAUAACAGCCAUCCAGAAACUGCCAGGAACUGGGGGGGGGGAACACACUUCCAGUUGUAGAAUCUGGUCUCUCUAUAAAGACUGUCUUACAAGGGAUGCUUUUUUUCUUGGGAAAAAGUGCUUUUACAGUGACAGCAUCCUACAGUCUGUAUUACACCAUAACCCAGUGGAGUUGUACCUUGGCUGCAGUAAAUUUUAGAUAUAGACUGGCUCCUCAUCUUGCAUUGUCAUUGUCUCCAAGUUUCUAUUCAAGACUGAUGCUGUAUGAGUGUGUUUGUCCUGCCAACUAUCGGCCGGGAGCAGAAACGCGUAUCACUUUUGUUCUACAAAACAGAGGUGAUAAAUACAAAAAAAAAAAAAAAAAAAUUUUUUUUUAAAAAAACAUCACCUAGGAAUAAACUGGAAAAUGUAUCUUUGAUAAUUCAUGACUUCCAAAUAUAACACCAGGAGCCAGAGUAGUUAUACAAACGUAUUAUCCAGCCAUACAGUAACAUGGCCUUACUUCUGUCAAGGCAGAUAUAAGGUAAAUGUUGCUGCAUACAUCUACAUGAAGGGUUAAGUAUUUUAUAUAUUUUCAGUUGUACUAACCAAUAGCACCAUUCCCUUCCCUACCUUUAAUUGCUGCUGUUAUUUCUAUGCAAGUAUAAUUGUGAAAAGUAACAAAAAGGAACAUAAAGCAAACAAAAACGUGCCCAUACAUAUCCACUAAAGUGUUUUAAAAGUAUGAUGGCAUUUCUGCUUACCAGAAGCACAUGUUAAAAUUUAUCUUGAGUAAUGCUGAAAUACUAUGGCCAUGAAUUUCCUGGCUGAGGUUUUUACUGGGUGGGGAUGGGGUUGCUGUUGAGUGAAUUAACCUGUAGUGUGUUAUAGGUGAACAGCAGUGCACAGUGUAUAAAUGCAACUUUUUUUCCCCCCUAAAUAUCCAGGAAAUGUGUGCAAAUGUGAGAGAUGUGUAUUUUUUUAUGCAACAAACACCAUUAUUAUUGUUGUACUUCAACUGUAAUUAACAAUUACAUAAUGUUGCACAAUGAGUGGAUAAUUUGUUUUCUGUACACUUCUUUUUAUCCAAAAAAAGUGAACCUAUGUCCAUUACAGGUAGUCAUAAGAGGCUGAACUUAUAA